AUGCCACCUAACGCCAAUGACAACAUUUUGGCAGAAACAGAAAGAGUCUUUGAGAAAGUGCCGUCCGAGGAACCAUGUUACGACGAGGAAAACGAAGUUGAAAACGAAUGCAGCUGCGACGAAACCAGCUAUGGGGACGCAGUGUUUUCUACGUUCGUGGUAGCUCCACUGGUGGUGUCUGUGUGGCGAGGAACUUGGGGCAUCAUGGAGCUACAUAGCCACCUGUUUCCGUACGCACAGAUAUAUUUAUUGGGGAUCAUCAUACAUGCAUGCUUUGCGUUAGGAAGAGCCUACCUUUUAGAGCGUUCAGAAGGGGCUUGGAGUGGUACGAAUGGCGGGGCGGGCAGGUGGCUAUGGGAGCGGAUCUUGUCAAAGUUCUACACGUACGUCUUCACACUGUCCUGCAUCAUGCACUGGCGGGGAGGGUGGGGGUUACUGGAUACUGUGGUGGCUAAAAUUGUUCCUAAUGAUCGAGAUCCUCAUCGGCCAAUACUGUACGCGGCCUUCACCCUGACUUUCUACAUAUCUAUCACCUUCCUGAGAUCUGCUCGGAACCUCCUCGCAUCGCCUUUCUUCCUCUUCACUGACGGAAAGGAACCAACUUAUAUAUUCACCACCAGGUUCAAGAAGACUGUAAGUAAUUAUUUUUUAGUCGAGCCCCCACCAUAG